CUUUCCCUAUGCCCGACCCUGACAUCAAUGGGAUAGGUGUCAUCAUAUCCUUCACGAUAGCUUCGUAUACAUCAUUCAUCCUCGCUGUUAUCUUCUAUCUGCUAGGAUGCGUACCUCCUCAGCAUCUAAGCAGCUUCGAAAGACGAUACAUCAAGCCCAAAGUGGCUCUUCACCUAGUACAGGACUUCCAGAAAGGCGUCUCGAUCAUCAACGAACAACAGAUGAUCACCGCCCUGGGCAUCCUUGGUGCGACCCUCAGAAAUAUGAAAGAGUCGAGGGUUUUCGACUUCCAGACCAAAGUAUACCUUGCUUGGAUGGCCAUCAACAUGCAUCUUUCCACGCUGAGUAUCCUCCGACCGUCCUUCUGGGAUCGGCCAUGGCUCCGCGCUUUCAAACUACUGAACAUGUGCGCUCUGUUGAUGAUGAUGUGCAUCGCCAUAUAUCCGACGACCGUUUGGAGCUGGGUAGGCAGCACUGUGAGAGCGAAGGGCUUUUGCUCCAGCGCCGAUAGCUGCUUUGGCCUCGAAGAGACGGUUGAUGUGCACUGGCAGCGAGCACUCCAUAGGCCAGGCUCACUCAUUCCACAAGGCGUUUUCGCCUACGCUAUCCUCAUCAUCAGUCACCAACCUUUCCCAACGUUUGUUGCGCCACCUCGAACAGCGCAUGGUGGAUACGAAUCGCGGCCCGCAAAAGUCGAACCGUAGAAUCG